CUCCCAUUACUAUUAAGAAAAACCUUGAACAGGGAGGCAGACAGCAGAUACAGAGAGAAAGUGAUAGAAGCAAACAAAAACCCUACCCUAACCCGUAUUUAUGUUAUUGGGUUCUUCCUCCAUUGAUCCGUCCGAGAAGGCAAGUCCGAGAAGGCAACUCAAAACCUGCCCUUGCGAGACCCAUCCAUCGACACUGCCACACCCCUACCCCUCGCCACAACUCCACUCUUUAGAACAACACUAUGGAUGAUCUGGAUAAAGCGAUUCUUAUUAUGUUUGAUGAAUCGGGAGCCCUUGACGAUGACUUGAAGAAACAGGCCAAACUUUACUGUAACGCUACUAAGGAGAAGCCAUCAAUUUGUAGACUUUGCAUUGAAAAAUUAUGCUUUUCAAAUCUUGUUCAAGUCCAGUUUUGGUGCCUACAGACCUUACAUGAAGUCAUUCGAACACGCUACUUGACAAUGACCCUAGAUGAGAGGCACAUGAUCAGGGGCUCCGUCUUUUCAAUCGUGUGCCUCGAAGACAAGAACCUCACAAGGAUUUUGGAAGGCCCUGCCUUCAUAAAGAACAAGCUUGCACAGGUUUUGAUAACUUUGAUUUACUUCGAUUACCCUUUGGUCUGGUCCUCCGUCUUUGUUGAUUUUUUUCCACACUUGAGCAAAGGAAACGUGGUCAUAGACAUGUUCUGUCGAGUUUUGAAUGCCCUGGAUGAUGAAUUAAUUAGUUUGGACUACCCCAGAACCCCUGAGGAAUUGACUGUUGCGAGCCGGGUUAAAGACGCAAUGAGACAGCAGUGUGUCUCUCAGAUUGUCAGGGCCUGGUAUGACAUUGUUUCUAUGUACCGGAAUUCUGAUCAAGAGCUAUGCACUAGUGUGUUAGAUUCCAUGAGGAGAUAUAUUUCUUGGAUAGACAUCGGGUUGAUAGUCAAUGAUGCUUUUAUCCCUUUGUUGUUUGAUUUGAUUUUGGUUGGUCAUCUGUCUGAUCAGCUUCGUGGUGCUGCAAUCAGAUGCUUGUUGGCAGUUGUUUCUAAGAGAAUGGAGCCCCAAUCCAAACUGUCGUUGUUGCAAAGCCUUCAUAUUAGUCGUCUACUCAGGUUAGUGACUGAGAACGGCGAUGCUGAAAUGGUCGCUGAUAUAGCUGCAUUGCUUACUGGGUAUGCUGUAGAGGCCUUGGAUUGCUUCAAACGCAUAAAUUCUGAGGAUGCUAAAGGAAUCUCUAUGGAGCUUUUGAGUGAAGUUUUACCCUCCAUUUUCUAUGUAAUGAAGAAUUUUGAGGUAGAUGCUACAUUCAACAUCAUUCAAUUUCUUUCAGGUUAUGUUGCCAUUUUGAAGAGCUUUACUCCUUUGCGGGAGAAACAGCUACUUCAAUUAGGGCAGAUAUUGGAAGUUAUCCUAGUGCUAAUCCGUUACGACCCAGCAUACCGCUCUAAUCUUGAUGUGAUGGACAAAAUUGGUAAAGAGGAGGAGGAUAGGAUGGUAGAGUUCAGAAAGGAUUUGUUUGUUCUUCUUCGCACUGUGGGUCGUGUAGCACCUGAUGUAACUCAGAUGUUUAUUAGAAAUUCGUUGGCAAGUGCUGUUUCUAGAUCUUCGAAUAGCAAUGUGGAGGAGGUAGAAGGUGCACUUUCUCUUUUAUAUGCACUUGGAGAAUCCAUAAGUGAGGAAGCCAUGAAAACUGGGAGUGGAUUGUUGAGUGAGCUUGUGAUUAUGCUUCUAUCGACAAAGUUUCCUUGUCACUCUAAUAGGCUUGUUGCCCUUGUUUACUUGGAGACAGUGACAAGAUAUAUUAAGUUUAUUCAGGAUAAUACUCAAUAUAUUCCAAUGGUUCUAGCUGCCUUUCUUGAUGAAAGAGGCAUACAUCAUUCAAACAUCAAUGUUAGUCGUAGAGCCAGUUAUUUGUUUAUGAGGGUUGUUAAAUUGCUGAAAAUGAAGUUGGUGCCUUUUAUAGAGACUAUUUUGCAGAGCCUGCAAGACACUGUUGCCCAAUUCACUAUUAUGAAUUAUACAGCAGAAGAGCUAUCAGGGUCAGAAGAUGGUAGCCACAUCUUUGAGGCAAUUGGUUUAUUGAUUGGAACAGAAGAUAUCCAGCCUGAAAAGCAAUCUGAUUAUCUAUCUUCUUUGCUCAGUCCUCUUUGUCAGCAGGUUGAGGCAUUGCUUAUAAAUGCCAAGUUAUUGAAUGCUGAGGAGGCUAAUGCAAAAAUUGCUGUAAUCCAGCAAAUUAUCAUGGCAAUUAAUUCGCUCAGUAAGGGCUUUAGCGAGCGACUUGUUACUGCUAGUCGCCCUGCAAUUGGUCUCAUGUUUAAGCAGACACUGGAUGUACUUCUUCAAGUUCUUGUUAUAUUUCCAAAAGUAGAACCUCUGCGAAACAAGGUCACAUCCUUUAUACAUCGCAUGGUGGAUACACUUGGAGCAUCUGUCUUUCCUUACCUUCCAAAGGCAUUAAAGCAGUUACUUGAAGAAAUUGAACCAAAGCAAAUGGUUGGUUUUCUAUUGUUACUCAAUCAACUAAUCUGCAAGUUCAAUACUUUGGUGCGUGACAUUUUGGAGGAAAUAUUUCCAGCUGUUGUUGAGCGGAUAUUUAGUGUUAUUCCUAGAAAUGGGUUACCUUCUCCUGGUCCUGAUGCAAUCACUGAGGAAGUUCGUGAAUUGCAAGAACUUCAGCGAACAUUGUAUACCUUUCUUCAUGUGAUUACUACACAUGACCUGUCUCCUGUAUUUCUUUUCCCAAAAUGUAAAGCAUACCUGGAUCCAGUGAUGCAGUUGCUUUUGUUCUCUUCUUGUAAUCAUAAGGAUAUCCUUGUAAGAAAGGCAUGUGUACAGAUUUUUAUUAGAUUAAUUAAAGAUUGGUGUGCCCAGCCUUACGAAGAAAAGGUUCCUGGUUUUCGAAGUUUUGUGAUUGAAGCAUUUGCUAUAAACUGUUGUUUGUACAGUGUACUGGACAGAUCUUUUGAUUUCCAUGAUGCAAACACUUUUAUUUUGUUUGGAGAAAUCGUGCUGGCACAGAAGGUAAUGUAUGAAAAAUUUGGGGAUGCUUUUCUGGUUCAUUUUGUAUCAAAAGGAUUAUCUUCUGCAAAUAGCCCACAAGAUCUGGCAGAGCAAUAUCGUCAAAAGUUGCAGGGUGGAGAUUUAAAGGCACUAAAAUCUUUCUAUCAGUCAGUAGUGGAAAACUUGAGACUGCAGCAGAAUGGAAGCCUUGUAUUCAGAUAGCAUACUUGUAUUGGAAAAAUUAGCGAGUCCUCUUCCUAUAUAAUAUAUAAGGCUUUGUUUUUUGGCCGUCUCCUAGUUUGGGGUUUGAUUUCUUUCUACAGAAGGUAGUUACGAUUUGUUUUUGAUGAAAUCAAGUUUGAGCUCUUUUUGAUUGGUUUUUCAAUCACCAGUAAAUUUUGUCCCUCAAUAGUGCGGUAAUGAAACGGUGGGGAACACUGCAGGGUUGUGUAUAUAGAUUUUGCGGUCGAGCGAUGGAUAUUCUACUGGCCCUAAUUUUGACGACUUCCUCAUGCAACCUCACCAAUCAGCUAAUUGUCUCAGGUCUUUCAUUAUUCUUUUUGUCCCACACUUGUAAAUUUUUGUUAUUCUCUUGACAUCCAUCGGUUCCAAGCUUGUCAAUAUGAGGUCAAGAUUUUGGUUUUUGAUUUCUCAA